AUGACGAGAAAGAAAAUUCAGAUGAAGAGGAUCGACAACACCACAGCACGGCAAGUGACUUUCUCUGAAAGGAGGAAGUGCAUAUUUAAAAAGGCUCUGGAGCUUUCAACUCUCUGCGAGGCUGAAAUAGCGCUCAUUGUCAUAAGGGCUACCGGAAAGCUCUUUGAUUAUGGCAGCCCAAGGUUUCUCUCCCUCUCUCACUCCUCUUUACUUAUAGAGGAACAUAUAUCCUAUUUAUUAAAGCGUGCUAAAAUUGAGGUAUUGGUAUUGUUGGAAAUGACCAUCUCAGAAAUCAUAAAACAAUUUCUAGAAGAUGGAGAUGUUUUCGUGACUAUGGUGUUUGCCAAAUAUGUGUAA